AUGAAGCUUGGGGCGCAAUAUUUCCAACUCCACCGUGAAUCCAUGAGAUCUCCACUACUAUCGCACGUUCUGCUAGGCAGCCUUGUCUCUGGACUUGCCGCCGCUGCCACAGGAUCGAGUAGCGUGUCCUUAGCUACUGCCACCUGCAACCCGCUCAAAACAACAGGCUGUCCCGCUGACACGGCGUUGGCAGGAGCGAUUUCGGAAGACUUCAAGUCUGCCAGCGAGCAUUUCUCAGUUUACUCCACGCCAGACCAGAUUUUUUAUAGCGACGAAGGUUUGCAGCUCACGUUGGCCAAAAGAUUCGACAAUCCUGCGCUCAGAUCCAACUUUUACAUAAUGUUUGGGAAAGUUGAGGUCCUAUUAAAGGCAGCAAACGGAACGGGAAUCAUUUCUUCCUUCUAUCUUCAGUCUGACGACCUCGACGAGAUCGAUCUGGAGUGGUUUGGAGGUGACGGCUACGAGGUCCAGACCAACUACUUCUCCAAGGGAAACACGGCUACGUACGACAGAGGAGGAUAUCACAAUAUGGACGACCCAAGAGCCGCCUUUCAUAACUACACAAUCGAUUGGACAGCAGAGGCUCUUACGUGGUACGUUGACGGAAAGGCCAUCAGAACACUCACCAAUGACUCGUCCCAAGGCUACCCGCAAAGCCCUAUGUACUUGAUGAUGGGCAUUUGGGCCGGAGGAGACAGCACAAACUCCCAGGGAACAAUUGAGUGGGCUGGUGGAUCCACAAACUACGAUGACGCUCCGUUCUCGAUGUACAUUAAGAAAGUGGUGGCUGUUGACUACUCAAACGGCUCGGAGUACCGUUACGAGGACACCAGUGGUCAAUGGACGUCAAUCGAGGCCGUCGACGGACAAGUGAACGGCCGUAUCGAUUUAGCUGAGGAAGAAUUCGACGUUCUGGUGGCUGGCGGAACCUUGUACUCUGAGGACUCUGACUCUCAGACAGGAAGCUCCAGCAACGAUGGUGCUACUUCGAGUCACUAUGUGCAUGAGUCCUCCACAAAAGCUGGAAACAGCUCUGACAACCCAACUGCCACUGCCUCUGGCUCGCACGACUCCGUCUCCACCAGUAAAAGAUCCAUCACCUCGGACAAAGCUGGCAACCAGAGCUCUACGACGCUCGAGACUCUGGCCAGCUCUUCCGCCACCGCUUCGGGCAACUCCUCGUCGCAGUCGGUUUCGUCCACAAACGGCUCCGAGUCGAACCAUAGUUUCAGCAGCCUGAACGUUUUCGUGUCGCUUGUGUCUGCCAUUCUGUUUGGAUUGGCGUUGAUCUAG